AUGGUUCAGUCGUACCCGCACUCGUCUCAGGCUGCUGGCACUUCGAUUCGUUUUAUUAAUGAUGCGGACAAGCCCCUUUACGGCAUUCGCAACAAGGAAAUCAUUGCAACAAACAACCCAACAUGUCUUAGUGGUGAAGGACUUUCAUCACACGAGGAUGCUUCGACUUUUGCUGCUGCAAAGUACAUCUCAGCUCACGCCGACCCGGUAUUCACGAAGUUGUGGGAACAAGACUUAGGCAAUGAUGUCACCAAUCUCAUCUUAGCUGCUCUCCCUGAUACCGAGCGGUGGACCCUAGCAGUGUUUCGCCUUGGCUUUGCUCGGAAUUAUUCAAAUAAUCCGAUUGUAAUCACUAUUACUAUUGGCGAGGAAGACUCUGCGGUGCACUCAUCAAUCCAAGAGCUGAUCAGUGGUAUUGCCGCAUUGCCUAGUUUGCAGUCAUAUGAUGAAAAAGUCUAUGUUGAUGUUUGCAGAUCCGGUUCAGCAUGA